AGGGGCUCAGAGCUGUGGUUGGACCCCUGAGUCAGUACCGUCCUUCACUUCAUAACCUGGAGACGUCUGGACGCCAAGCAUGGGCAGAGGGUGGGGUGCUGAAAAUGGAGGCAAGAAGAAAAAGAAGGACAAGGACUUGGACGAGCUGAAGAAGGAGGUGGCCUUGGAUGACCACAAAAUAUCUGUGGAAGAUGUGGGAAAACGCUACGGAGUGGACCUCACACGGGGCCUGAACAACGCCAUGGCUGCAGAGAUUCUGGCCAGGGACGGUCUGAAUGCGCUGACUCCCCCACCCACCACCCCGGAGUGGGUCAAGUUCUGCCGUCAGCUGUUCGGAGGCUUCUCCAUCCUGCUGUGGAUCGGUGCUAUUCUCUGCUUCCUGGCCUACAGCAUCCAGGCGGCCACAGAGGACGAGCCGGUCAACGACAAUCUGUAUCUGGGCGUCGUGCUGGCAGCUGUGGUGAUCAUCACCGGUUGUUUCUCCUACUUCCAAGAAGCCAAGAGCUCUCGAAUCAUGGACUCCUUCAAGAAAAUGGUGCCGCAGCAAGCCAUGGUGAUCCGGGAGGGAGAGAAGAUGCAGAUCAAUGCAGAACUUGUGGUGUUGGGAGAUCUGGUGGAGAUUAAAGGGGGAGACCGAAUUCCAGCUGACCUUCGAGUGAUCUCAUCCAGCGGGUGCAAGGUGGACAACUCCUCUCUGACGGGAGAAUCGGAGCCUCAGACUCGCUCCCCGGAGCUAACGCACGAGAAUCCUCUAGAGACCCGCAACAUCUGUUUCUUUUCAACCAACUGUGUCGAGGGCACGGCCCGUGGUAUUGUCAUAGCCACCGGUGACCAGACAGUGAUGGGUCGCAUCGCCACCCUGGCAUCUGAGCUGGAGGUCCGCCAGACACCCAUCAGCAUUGAGAUUGAGUACUUCAUCCAGCUCAUCACCGGCGUGGCCGUCUUCCUGGGUUUGUCCUUUUUCAUUCUGUCUCUCAUCCUGGGCUACUCCUGGCUCGAGGCUGUCAUCUUCCUCAUCGGCAUCAUAGUGGCCAACGUGCCCGAGGGGCUCCUGGCUACUGUCACUGUGUGUUUGACUCUCACUGCCAAGCGAAUGGCCAAGAAGAACUGCCUGGUAAAGAACCUGGAGGCCGUGGAGACGCUCGGCUCCACCUCCACCAUCUGCUCCGACAAGACGGGCACGCUGACCCAGAACCGCAUGACCGUAGCCCACAUGUGGUUCGACAAUCAGGUCCACGAGGCGGACACCACUGAGGACCAGACUGGUUUGGGUUUUGACAGGAGCUCUGAUACUUGGGCUGCUCUGUCUCGCGUGGCUGGCCUCUGCAACAGAGCAGUUUUCAAAAUCGGACAGGAGCACCUCCCCGUUCUGAUGAGGGACACGGCAGGAGACGCGUCGGAGUCGGCCCUGUUGAAAUGCAUCCAGGUGUGCUGCGGGAGCGUCAGUGACAUGAGAGCAAGGAACCCCAAAGUGACAGAAAUCCCCUUCAACUCCACCAACAAGUACCAGCUCUCCAUCCAUGAAGUGGAGGACAAUCCAUCUGGUCAUCUUCUGGUCAUGAAAGGUGCACCAGAGAGAAUCUUGGACAGGUGCAGCACCAUAAUGAUGCACGGUCAGGAGGAACCGCUUGAUGAAAACUGGAGAGAAGCCUUCCAGAAUGCCUACAUGGACCUGGGUGGACUGGGCGAACGAGUACUGGGUUUCUGCCACCUGAGCCUGUCUUCGUCCCAGUUUCCUCGAGGUUUCAGGUUCGACAGUGACGACAUGAACUUCCCCACCGAGCGGCUCUGCUUUCUGGGCCUGAUCUCCAUGAUUGAUCCGCCGCGUGCUGCUGUGCCUGACGCUGUGGGGAAAUGCCGCUCUGCUGGCAUCAAGGUAAUUAUGGUGACCGGCGAUCACCCAAUCACAGCCAAGGCCAUCGCGAAAGGUGUGGGCAUCAUCUCUGAGGGCAACGAGACGGUUGAGGAUAUCGCCGAGAGACUGAACAUCCCUCUGAGCCAAGUUAACCCCAGGGAUGCCAAGGCUUGCGUGGUGCACGGCUCGGACUUAAAGGACAUGAGCUCCGAGUUCCUGGACGACCUGCUAAGGAACCACACCGAGAUUGUUUUCGCUCGCACCUCUCCUCAGCAGAAGCUCAUCAUCGUGGAGGGCUGCCAGAGACAGGUCCCGGCUAUCUCUUUGGCUUAUGAGAUGGCGGAGAGUGACAUCAUGAAACGACAACCAAGGAACCCUCAAACAGACAAGCUGGUGAACGAACGCCUCAUCAGCAUGGCAUACGGACAGAUAGGUAUGAUCCAGGCUCUGGCGGGUUUUUUCACCUACUUCGUUAUCUUGGCUGAAAAUGGCUUCCGCCCAGCAGAACUCGUGGGCGUCCGCAUCAACUGGGACGACCGCAACUUCAACGAGCUGGAGGACAGCUAUGGGCAGCAAUGGACUUACGAACAGAGGAAGAUCAUUGAAUUCACGUGCCACACAGCCUUCUUCUCCAGCAUUGUGAUUGUCCAGUGGGCAGAUCUUAUCAUCUGCAAGACCAGAAGGAAUUCUCUCUACCAGCAAGGCAUGAAGAACAGGAUCCUGAUCUUCGGCCUUUUUGUUGAGACAGCCCUGGCUGCCUUCCUCUCUUACUGCCCGGGAAUGGAUGUGGCCUUGCGCAUGUACCCCAUGAAGAUCCUUUGGUGGUUCUGUGCUUUGCCCUACAGUCUUCUCAUAUUUGUGUAUGAUGAGGUCCGUAAGUUAAUUCUGCGGAGGAACCCCGGAGGUUGGGUGGAGCAGGAGACAUAUUAUUAACAUUCAGGAAAUGUCAGUCUGAAUUUUGUGUGUGUGUAUGCAUUUAUAUGUGUUAUUUUUGAGCUCGUGAGGGUAAAACUGCGCGCGCGUCUGUCAGUUGUAAUAUUGCAUGGAUCAGUUCACAAAUCUGAUUAUCAUAAAAUACUGCUGAAAAUAGGCUUUUGAUUGUACUUCGAGUUUUACUCCUUCCUGUUUUAUCAGGAACAUUUCCAGCAGGAUGGUUUUCAUGUACACCUUUGUGUCUUGUAUAAGCUCUUACCAAAGUGAUGUAUCGUGGCCUGUUCGGUCAUAAAGUGACGCCAAAUGAUAUUCAUUAUGUGGAACUUAAAAAAUAAAAUGGAUUCCUUCAUA